GAAAAUUUAUAAUAUGUGCUCAAAAACUGUAUUUACCACACAAUUAAAAUUAAUUCUUUUUGUUUUAUUUGGUGUUGUUUCCCAUCCAACAAAUGCAUUUUGGGUUGAUUUGCCAAAAUGGUUGAAAUGGCCUCCCCCUCCUCCAUGGGGAGAUGGUUGGCAUGAAAAUUAUAGCGGCGGCCGCCAUAGAUUGAAUGUCGGAUUCUAUGCUUACUCAUGCCCCCAAGCAGAGUUCAUCAUUGAGGAUGUUUUUAGAACUGCAGUUCGUAAAGAUCCUGGUCUUCCUGCGGCGUUAAUUCGUCUUUACUUUCAUGAUUGUUUUGUCAACGGAUGUGACGCAUCAAUUCUUUUGGAUUCAACACCAUCCGGGGGACCAACAGAAAAAAGUUCCAAAGGAAACAUAGGUGUAAGAGGCUUUGAAGUCAUCGAUGAGAUGAAAAAACAACUAGAACAACAAUGCCCUGAGACCGUAUCUUGUGCCGAUAUAAUCUCUUUCGGUGUCCGCGACUCAGUAACACAUUCCGGUAUCCCAUACUACCACGUCCCUGCCGGUCGACGCGACGGGCUAACUUCUAACCCAACUCAAGUGUUAGAAAACCUUCCUAAACCAUUCUACAAUGUAGAACAAAUGAACCACAUUUUCACUAAAAAAGGAAUGACCCAACAAGAUCUAGUAGUAUUACUUGGUGCACACUCCAUAGGAAUAGCUCAUUGUUACUUAUUCCUAAACCAAUUUAACCAUUACAAUGCAACAUAUGACAUAAACCCAAAUAUGGAUAAAAUGUUUGCUAUGAACCUUAAAAAAAUUUGCCCUAUACAUAAUAUAACUAAUUAUAAUGAUGUUAUGCCCUUAAAUAUUUAUAGAAAUGAUAAAGAAAGACUUAGUAAUAUAUACUACUCAAAUGUUAUAAAUGGUAGGACAGUUAUUCCUGCUGAUCACUCAUUAGUUGAUGAUCCUAACACUAAUUAUAUGGUGCAUGUCUAUGCUAGUGGAUUGUACAAAUGGGUUGUUGAUUUUCGUGAAGCUAUGCUUAAAUUAGGGCAAGUAGAUGUGCUCACUGGUACACAAGGUCAAAUUAGGAGAUCGUGUCGUUUUGUUAAUUAAUUAUAUACAGAAUUUUUUUCGUUUCGAGUGAAGGAUAAUUUCCUACAGUAAAAAAGACAAAUUAAUCUUUUUAUAGAUGGUAAAGAAUAAAACUUGACAUUGAGUAAAAGAAAAAACCUUUAAUAACUAAACUAACUCAU